AUGACCGUCGCUCCUUAUCCAGUGAAUCAUCACGCAGAGAAAUGCAGCCAAUAUCCGAAUUAUUCAAUAGUAUUGAAACUCAAUGACAUCGAAUUUCCGAUGACCCUGAAACAAAUCACGCGAUUCGAACGUCUUAAUGAACUGUCCGUUAAUGUAUUCACUCCUCAAAAGGAAGAAGGUGGACAAAAAAAAGAACACCACAGAUAUCGUUCCUCUGCGCCUCACCGACAACAAGAGAGACGUUCACGUGAAUUUAUUAUACCUACCACGACAACACCACGACAUAAUAAUGGUGAUGAUAGUGACAAUACUCGCGUCACAGGUCAUUUCGCGUGGAUAAAAAAUCUGUCUCGAUUACUAUCAUCACAAAUAAGUCGAAAUACGCGAAGGAAACACAUCUGCGAAAGAUGUCUUAAUUACUUCUACACGCGUAACAAACUGAUCGCUCACAGCGUCGAUUGCGGUGUCAUGAACGAUUGCGUCAUCAUAUUGCCAGACAACGAGAACAAAUGGCUCUCUCAUCGCAAUUACGACAACGAGAACAAAUGGCUCUCUCAUCGCAAUUACGGUAGAAAGGAACGCCUGCCAUUGGUUAUUUAUGCGGAUAUGGAAUGCAUAUUGGAAAAAAAAGAGAACAACAAAGAGGUCCCCGUUGUCAACAGCGGCUCUAACGCGUAUCAACAUCACAAAGCGUUCAGCGUGGGCUAUUAUUUGUGCUGUGCACUCGACGACGACGACGAACUCGCUUCCGGUUAUCACUUUCGUCGCGGAGACGACUGCGUUUCUUGGUUUGUCGACAAACUCGGCGCCAUUGCAAAGCGCGCGUACACGUUACUGUCCGCAAACAUAAAAACUAUGAAGAAACUAACCCCGACGGAGGAACGCGAUUUCGCCAGUGUCGACGCGCGCUGCCACAUAUGCGGAGGACCAUUCGAAUCGGACGACGACACCCGAGUGCGCGAUCACUGUCAUUUAACGGGUCGUUACCGAGGUCCCGCACACUCACGCUGCAAUCUCAAUUAUCGCAAUUCGCACAUCAUUCCCUUGUUCUUUCACAAUCUAUCGGGUUAUGACGCACACUUCAUAAUCGAGCGAAUAGCCAACUCGUUCGAGGGCAGCGUCAAUCUGCUGCCGAUCAACAAGGAAAGGUAUCUGUCCUUCACGAAAAACAUCAAGUGCGCACACGUCAAGUGGAGACAGCGAGUGAAACUACGUUUCGUAGAUUUGUUCCGAUUUCUCAGCACGAGCCUUGAUAAACUGGCCUCGUUUUUCGACGAGGAUAAACUACGCGCGACGCGAUUGACGUUCUCGCAUCUGACCGCGAGUGAUUUCGCGCUGCUCACGCGCAAGGGUGUGUUUUCGUACGAAUACAUCGACAGUGCCGCGCGAUUAACGGAAACCGAAUUACCGUCACGCGACGCUUUCUACAGUUCGUUGAGCGACGAAAUCGUCAGCGAGGCCGACUACGAACACGCCGAGACCGUGUGGAGACGAUUCGACGUGCCCAAUCUCGGCGAGUACAGCGAUCUGUGUUUGAAAACGGACGUGAUGCUGCUGACCGAUAUCUUCGAGAAUUUUCGCGACGUGUGCGCCGACAGUUACGGCUUAGACCCGGCGCAUUAUUACACCGUACCGGGCUACACAUGUGACGCCAUGCUGAAACACACCAAUGUGUGA